GGCAAAGGCUAUUGGGAGGCAUGAAGGUUGAGGCUAGUCAGCCUCUUUAAGAAGUAUGCUUGUGAUUUCACAGACUAUGCAGUGGCCUCCAUGGCUAUGAUAAGCUUCCUGUUUGUGGCGGUGAUGUAUGUUGUCCAGCACCUGAUGUUUGUCAGUGACCGGAUGGACCUGGCCACAUUGGCCCGAAGCCGACAACUAGAAAAGGUAAUGAUUGAAGAGAUGCGGCAGCUGGAGCUAGAGUUUGAAAAGAGAACCCAAGAGGAGAAGAUGCAGGAGGAAGCUUGGAAACCAUUAGGAAUCGAGGAAGAAAAGCAGGAAACCAUUGAUAGGGAAAAAAGCAUCAGGAAAAACAAGGUACGAAGAGAAGAAUCAGAGAAGGUCCAGGUAUUCCAGACUGAAAGCUCACCGGGGCCUGUAGGCUGGAUGCUGGGAAACCUGUGGAAUGCAGGGCUCUUUGGUCUCUUUCUCCUCUUUGAGCUUCUCCGGCAGAAUAUGCAACAGGAGCCAUCUUUUGACUCCAGCAGUGAUGAGGAAGAGGAGGAAAGCACUGGGGAGACUGUUAAUACUGCGUGUACCUGGCUAUCUGACUUUCCGAAGCAGGAAGACUUGGAUUCCUUUUUGGAGCAGAACCUCGAAAACAAUAUCCGCGACCUGCCUAGUACCUGUGAAUUCGUGGAGAGCUUUGUGGAUGACCUGAUAGAGACUUGUCAGAUUGUGGGCCGGAAAGAGCUAUACCCCCAGCUGGAGGAUUGCUUGGGUAUAGGUCCUGCCUUUGAGAAAUGGGGUAUUGGCCAAGAUGCUCAUAGGUUUGAUGUGCUGGUGCCUUUAUCGCCUCCACAAAAUAACUCAUUCCGCGUAGAUAUGAGAGCCCCAGAAUCUGGUCAGCUCCGUUGUGGACGAGUGACGGUGGAGUCAGAGUGCGUAUGCAAGCGAGAAAAGCUUUUGGGGGAUGUGAUAUGUCUUGUACACCACUGGGAUCACAAUUCCCGUCCUGGAAAGUCUGCCAAUACCCUGAAGAACAACUUUUGUACUGGUUCAAACCUGGAUGUAUUCAAGAGCCUACAUUGGUUCCGAAGCAUGAUAGGAAAGGCCUGGGCUUUAGUGGCACAUAAAUAUGACUUUAAGCUUAGCCUUCCCUCUUCAGCCACCUCAUGUAAACUGAGGCUGGACUAUCGCUCAGGUCGAUUUCUCUUAAUCAACUUGAUCCUGGGAGUGCAACGGGAUGACACUCUGAUUUAUUUUGUGAGUCAGUCACCCGAACAAGAGAAACUGUCGAGCGUGGACUGGCCUGAGUCCUUUGCAGCCUGUGAGCACCUGUUUCUGAAGCUGGUUGGGCGGUUUGCCCCAGAGAACACUUGCCAUCUCAAGUGCCUCCAGGUCAUUUCAUAUCUCCAGAGCCUGAAGGCUCCACCCCAUGGGCUACAUCAACCCAUUCUCACCCCUUACCACUUCAAGACAGCCCUCAUGCAUCUCUUGCUCCGGCUGCCUCUUACUGAAUGGAAGCCUGAUCUAUUCCCCCAGCGGCUCCAGGACAUCCUCUGGUACCUCGGCCGUGGGCUACAGGAGAGAUGUCUUUAUCACUUCCUGAUUGGAAACACCUUUCUACCCCUCACCAUCCCAGUCCCCAAGAACUUUCGGAGUGUCAAGCCCUUCAACCUCUUUCGGCACCUCGAACUGGACUCUGUGGCACACUCCAAGGCAGUGACAGAGUUCCAUGACCUUGUGACCCAGGUGAAAUCUUUGUCUGGCUUACCAAUACCUGGUAGGGUCAUGUAAAGGCCAUUAAAAAUGGAUUACUGAAUUUUCUGGGCUCCUCUAGAGUGUCUGUUUUUCAGAUGUCUUAGCAGUCAGUAUCUGUGCCCUUUGAUCUGUCGGCACAAGCAUGUGCAUAGUUCACGAUCCUAGGCACAGGGAGCAGGAGGAGGCACUUAGAGAUGUCUCCCAGGAGCUUAUGAAAAUAGGAUGCCAGGCUACCCAAUACUAACUAACCUAGGCUGUGGCUUCUAAGGUUUUUCUACUGAUGUGUUUCACAACAUGACCAAAAGGAGACCAGGAAUAUAUAGGCACACCUGAGCACAUGUUUCGAUUUGAGAUCUAGUAGGAAACCAGGUCCUGAGAAACUAUAAACAUUAACAAUGAAAAAACGAGGAUAAGCUGAGUGGGAUACCCAUUUUACCCUGUUUCUGAUUAUGCACCUUGCCUAGUUUUCGCUUUGAAGUGAUUUCCUUAUGUGAACAGAAAGAACACAGAUUGUCACAUUCUGUAAAGUGCUUUUUUAACCAUAAAGCACUAUAUAAACAGGAAUUAUUUGUUACUGGAAUGAUUCCUCUAUAUCACCUCAUCCUAAGUAAAUGCUGUCAGGCUUUUGUUUUCAAAUUCACAUAGGAUCCAACUCUUCCUGUCUGAGUUUUUUCUACCUUCAAAAUUUCUAAUAUGCAA